GAGCUCCAGACCUCUGCAAGGGUGGUAUGUGAUCUCAACUGCUGAGCCUCCUCUCCAGCCCUGUCACCGGUUGUUUCUAAUGAGCUGCCGGCUGCCAGAGCUCCAAACUCUCACACUAGCUUGUGGCUUCUUUGCUGCGCAGUGAAAAGGACAGAAAAUAAAGACAAAGAGAAGGAAGGCUCAAGCCACGUGCAGUAUGCAGGGGACAGAAGCCCAUUAGCUGAGGGCUGGCUGCUCCUCUGACCAUACAUGGCGUAGCAAGGGCUUUCCUGGGACUACCUCUAGCCCUGCCUCCCCAGCAUUCCCAUCUGGUGUCCUACAAAUGGGAGACACUGGUCGACAGUGCCAGUGACAGAGAAGCUUGCCAAGAGAGCCCGUUAAAAAUGAGUUUUUCACUGAACUUUACACUGCCAGUAAACACAACGUCCUCUCCAGUUGUCACGAGUGCCAAAGCUGAUGACUGUGGUCCCUCUAUUGGACUAGCAGCCGGAAUCCCCUCCCUGCUGGUCACAGCCCUGCUGGUGGCCUUGCUGUUUACCUUGAUUCAGCGAAGAAGAAGCAUCGAUGAGCCCAUUGAGGAAAGCGAGAGACCAUGUGAAAUUUCAGAACUCUGUGACAAUCCCAAAAUAUCUGAGAAUCCUAGGCGGUCACCGACACAUGAGAUGGACCCACAAGGUGCCCAGGAAGGCCACGUAUAUGUGAAGACAGUCUCUGGAAGUGAGGAGCCCCUGCCCGACACCUACCGUCCUCCUGAAGAAUUAGAGAGAAGGAGAGGGCUGUGGUGGCUUGUGCCAAGGCUGAGCCUAGAAUGACGUAGCUUUGUCAGGGAGCUGACCUGAGACUGGCACAGGGCUGAAAACCCGGAAUCUGUGCUUGGGAACCGUGCUUGGAGAGGCAAGGGGCCAGCUGCCUCUCAUUCCACAGAAAUUUCAUUUAUAGAUCUAGGGUGUAUCUGGGUUGUUUUUCCUCAUCAGGGGAUGCUGCAAUACGGUUCAUUCAACCUCAGACCUUGCAGCUUAAUCCUAGAUACAGCCCAGGUGAGUUAUUGUGCAUUUGGAUGCGCCCCCUUUGUCCUGUUUCUUAAUCCAGAGAAGUUUGCUUUUGGGAAAUAGGCUUGGCUUCUGAGUGUCCUGCCUUCUCCUUUGCCCACCCCAUCUCUUAUCUUAAAAAAGUAAGUAAAUAAAGCCACGGGAGUUGGAUUUUCUGGGUCAUUGGCCAAGGCCAGCUUGGCACAAGCUAGGACAUGAAACUUAUGGAAGACAUGGGAAAAAGAUAUUUCUUCCUUCUGAAUAUCUCAGGGUAAGGCUCACAUGGAGUCACACAUGCCUCCAACACAGGGAAGCAUGUGGUGAGACCACGUCAUACAGCUGAGAAGGGGAUAUAGACUUCUGAGUCAGACCUGCCACUGAGCAGCUGUGAGAAGUCUGAUGAAGUCACCUACACUCCCCAAGCCUGUUUGGGGUAGUAUAAAAGAGGGGGGAUAUUCUGUGCCUCAUUUGGGCUUUGGAGAAAUUAUGUAAGGACCAAAGGGAAGUGUUUUCCACCUAGUGCACCCACUCCUGACCCUGCUCCUCACACCUCCUCCCAUCUCGCUUGUCAGAUCAUGUCAAACAGCUGCUCUGCAGCACCUGUCACCCAGAGUCACAAAGUCAACAAGGAAGUGUAGACUCCAAACUUUCCUCAUGACCUGCAAUCCAAAUUGCGGCAUUUAAAGAUAACUCUCAUUGUCACUAGCGGUCUGCUCACUUGAACUCUGAACAUCAUUUGUCCUUGUGUGUCAACCAAGUUUCAACUUCCAAGUACAGAGGCCUGUGUUACACAUGACACGUUCACCUCUGGGAUGCUGACGUCUUUGAUGGCUCAUCUUCAUUGUCGACUUGAUAGGACUUAGAAUCACCAUGGAAACACACCUCUAGAAAAAUUUAACUGAACAAGAAGAUCCACCUGAAUGUAAGAAGCACCAUUCUAGGAGUGGGGCUUCUGGACUGAAUCAAAGGGACUUCAAGUUGAGCACACAGAAUUCAUCGUCCUCUGUUUCCCGACUACAGAUAGAAUGUGUGACCAGCUGCCACACUCUCCUGCAGCUGUGCCUUUCUGGCUGUGAUGGACUGACUGUACCCUCAAACUGUGAGCCAAAAGAAGCCUUUCCACCUUCAAGUUGGUUUUAUCAGGCAUUCAAUUGUAACAAUGAGACAUAACUAACAUAAAAUUGAGAUUCAUGUUUUAAUGACUUUCUUUGCAAUGGGGCAUUUUGUUUUUGAAGUAUCCUAAAUAAGAGACGUUUAUGAGGGAGAGAGAUAAAGAGGACCAAAGAUGAACACGAGACCAAAGGGAUGGGUUAAUAUAUCUACACCUGCCAUCCAAGGGAAAUCUAAGGUGACUUCACCAGCUUGGGAUAGGCCUUUGCCUUUACUUCCCCAGAUGGCUUCCGGGUAGCCUGGUCACAUCUCCUUCUGAUGCAUGGCCACUGCCUUGGACAGGUCUCAGAGCAUCUCUGGGAGCAUCCACAAUCUCCAUGAGCCACCUGGAUAUCCCAGGGAGCCAUCUUUUCUCAUAUGGGGCCUCUGGAUGUUCAGGAAAUGAUUCUACUUCUUGAACAAUAAGGGAAUGGUUCUGUAAACCCAAUAACCACCACCCACUAACAACUUCUUUUCAAAGCCCCUCUGAAAUUCAGUUUUGUGUUUCAUGGGCCCAGAUCCUUAGAUAAGCUCAUUUGGGACAUCUUCAAACAGCCAUGCCCAGGGAUGCUGAACAUUUACUUCUCUCACAUGGUGGGGAAGGACCUAGGACUCCCUGAGAACCUGAUCAGACUGUGGUCUUGUGGCUUUGAUGUAUAUGGGUAUCAUCUUCAGCCUAGAAUAUUGGUCACCUAGGACCUCAGUUCUAUGCUUAUAAAACUGACCCCAGACGGCAUCUGUGAGGCCUGGUUGAAAAACACUUAUCAGUAAGCCUUGUAAUUGAUAAAAUAAGGUACGACUGUGUUUUAGAUACUCUAUUUUAAUUCUACUUACAAUCAAUUGCUUGGAAUCUUUAUUUUAAAUUAUUUUCACUAAAAUUGCAAGAAUCUGUAUUUCUGUUGGUACAAAAACUUCUUUUGUAAUAAGGUGGAAAAUAAAUGGCCAUUUGACAAGCCAUCUGCGGUUCUUCCCCGACGUGAAGGAUGCAACUUCCUCUUUUCCUUUUUCUGCCUCUUUCCCUCAGAUGCUGGCCAGAACCUAAGUGUGCUUUCUCUGGCACUGUGGGUUCCAGAACUUUCUCUAAAGCCCCCUCCCUGCCUUGUGGCAGGACUCCUUUAGCAGGCAGUGAGAAGACCUCCAUACUGCAAACUGAGACAGCACUGUGGUCCUGUUUCCUUCUUUUCUCCAUCCUCUUCCUCCAUCAACUGAUACAUUGAAAAGAUCUGGAUUGGGGGUAUUAGUCAGGCCUCACUCGAAUUUACCAGCUUGCCUGCUGCAAAGGAAAAGUUAGGCUUUUCUGAGUAAUUCCACAGAGCAGGCAGGCAUAGCAAAGCUUUGUGACGACAACUCCAUAAGCAACUCCACAGAAGGGGUGUUUCUGGGAGGGAAAUGUACAGUCUCCUUAAAGGGACUAUGAUUCCCUUAGCAAGGCUUUAGCUGAAACAGCCUGACAAGGGGUGGGCUCUUGGCCAAAUGAUUGACAGGCCCAGAUGGGUUAUCUUCUAAGGGAGGAGCCAUGGUAUGAAACAUUCUAACCUUUUGGGACAGAUCAGACUGUCGUGCUGCCACCCACGGCCAGAGGUAUUCUGUUCUUUUGACCAGGCCUGAGAAAUGGCAAAGCUGGUGUGCUGCCUUUCUAGUGUUAGCAGCGGAGUGGGAGGUCGGGGCCAAAGCUCCAGUGGCCUCCAAGAACAUGGAGAAGGGGCAUCUGGGUAAGCUGACUAACCCUCUGCGGGGAGAAGCACAGUAAGCUGAGACGUCAGAUUCCUACCAUCCCCCUACAAUAGACAAAACUGUGACCAGGGACCUCUCUUCUUCAUCUGGCAUCACCCAUUUCCUGGAAACAGAUGGACACUCAUCCGUUUAUCUCCAGCUCUACAGCAGGUUGAGGACGCUGACAUAGUUAUAAGGGAUAGCCUUUUAGGUCCCUUCAGGGCAUAGGGUCUGUCUAGUCUGUGCCCUCCUGGAGGAAGCAGGAGGGAAGAGCGGAUUUGGUAAGGGAUCUUCCAGAGGCUUGCUUCCUUGCCUUGGGUGUCCUGAGACAAAGAAACCCACACUGUCUCUCUGAGAGCUCCAGGUGGAAAAGGGAGCCUUUCCUGCUGUGGUGUAGGAAAUUGCUUUUGUGGCCAAGAGAGAGCAGUGAGAGUUCAUCCCUGUUACAGCUCAGUGCUGGUCAGGAAAGGAACCAGCUCAGAGCAGAGCCAAGAUAACUAGGAGUCAGUACCCUGCCUCCCAGCACUUCCAAAGGGACCCAGAGUCCCCUUGGGAACCUCAGAUGUACUAAUUAUACCUGUGUGUCCCUUCAAAAUAAAUCACAAGCUCUUU